GGAAAGACCUUUUCACCGACACUUUCUGUAAGGUCUGCGGGGCAGUGCUGCAGUUUGAGUCUCAAAGGAUGUCACACUAUAAGGGCAAAAAGCACGCUCAAAAAGUUCGUCUUUACAUCCAAAUGCAUGGUGAGAAAGAUGGGAGGCAGGAGCAUGGCAAACAGAAGAAAACAGAUUGUGUCAAUUUUCAGACGGAUGGGAGCGGAGUACUGGACAAAAACAAAUACUGCAAUCUCUGCAACGUGAUUUUUACUUCCCCAGUUGUUGCUUUGUCUCACUACUUGGGAAAGAUCCACGCUAAAAAGCUGAAGCAAUUAUCAGGAGACCAAGCCCACAUGCCAGCACAGACCAUGCAGCCUGUUUCUGCUUUACAGAAGCCAUCAGCUGAGAAGCCCUUGCUGCCUUCAAAAGCUGAAGAGUCUUUGUCAUCCUCCAACACAAGGUUGAAGUUAAAUGAUCCAGACAAGUACUGCAAGCUCUGCUGUGCUCCCUUCAAUAAUCCACUCGUGGCUCAGCAGCAUUAUGUUGGUAAGAAACACAGAAGAAAUGAAGCACGGAGAAAGAUAUUGGAGGAGCUGGGAGACAAAGCUGUCCCUGAAGAAUCCAGCACAAAUGAUUCCUUGUUUUCAGCAGUUGGUGUUGGUUAUUACAUGUGCCGCAUAUGUAACAUCGCACUUACGUCUAUAGAAACAUACCAGUCCCACGUGCAAGGAAAUAAGCACCGGAUUAAAGAAAUGGUCCUUGUCAAUCUCAUGAAGAAAUCAAAGAAAACACAUGACUCCUUUCAAGAUGAAUUAACGGAUUACAUUAAAGUUCAGAAAGCUAGAGGUCUAGAGCCAAGAAGGUAUUUGGGAAAAGCAGAAGAGGAAGAGUUUCAAGAUAAAAACAUUGAAGGAGGAGGUGACCUUGGUGAGGUUGUAUCUUCAAACUUGAAGUGUGAACGAGGCCAGCAUUCCAGCCUUUUCUCAGAAACCCAGUCACCUACAAAUAGUGGGGAAAAUAGAUCGCCAAGCUGGCCAUCAGCUUGUGAGCAUGCACUAGAAAAGACACCUGAUUGUUGCUAUAACAAGGGAUACUGUAAACAAGAGCAAGCAUCUGAGGUGGUCACCAUCAGAGAUAAGAGCUUCAGCCUAUCGGUUGCAGAAUCUAAAGACUGCUACAAACUUACGCUUGCUGAAACUUCUACCAGCUCUUACAGAAAAGAACAGAUAUUUCAGAUAAAACAUUUUGAGGAGGAAAAAUACAUCAGUGAAGAGCUGAAGUAUGAGAAAGAAGCCACAAAGCAGAAAAGAAAGGAAAAUAUUGAAGGUGUAGAUUUUGGAAAAGAAAAUCAGAAGCAAAAGAGAAUUAAAUUUGACGUAGACUUGGUAAAUGAGAAGAAAUCAAGACCUUACAAAGAUAAAAAAGUUAAAGAAAACUUUGCUGAGAAAGAGAGCAAAAAGCACAAAAAGGGUAAAAAGAAGCCACAGACAGAUGGUAAAAGAGAAGAGGAGCUACUUUGGGAUGAAUCUGUUUUGGGAUAUUGAUAAAGGUUUCACUUAGCUUUAAGAAGUUGAUUCUGUUUGUAGACUCACUUAACUGUUUUGUACUAUACUAUGACUUCUUUUUUUUUUUUAAGCAAAGUUUUUGUUUUCCAAUGUGGAAGCAAGAAAAAAACCUGUCUUCUGAAACUUUUGGGCAGUAGGUAGGCAUCAAUUUUUAAUCAUCUUACGCAUACAGCAGCAGUGAUGUGAGUUUGAAAGUCUGUAAUCUCUUCUGGAAUAUACAACAAGUAAGGGUCAGUAGCUUGCAGAAUACUGUUGGAUUUUCACCAAAAUGUAUAGCUUCUUUCUAAUAUUAAUGGUGCCUACUACUGAGGUUUCUCUUACUCUUCUAGGAAAGCACAUAAACUCAUAAGAUAAAUAAGGGGACUACAGUGUUCCCGGCCAUGCCUGUAACCAUUUCUCUGACAGAUUUAAAAGGAGAAUGUGAAAGGCUUUUGAUUCCAGAUCUUAUUUGCUGUUGGGGUUUUUUUGGUUUUGGUUUGGUUUUUUUUGUCACCCAGUUCUGAGUGGAAAAUGAGUCUAUUAAACAUGCAACUGUUUGUCAG